AUGGCAGGAGAUACUGGGGCUCAACUGAAAGUAGCCUGGGCUGUCCUGAGUGGUUACUGCGACAGAGCAGCAGCCAGACAAGGUAUCAAGAGUAGCCUGGGCUGUCCUGAGUGGUUACUGAGACAGAGCAGCAGCCAGACAAGGUAUCGACUGCUGAAGCCUACUUACACGCAGUGCCUGGAGCCCUGCAAAGAGUCCUGGGACCUGAAGAAAAACCAUUGCCAAAACUUCUGUGAGCCUCUUUUCCCCAAGAAGAAUUACGAAUGCCUAACUAGCUGUGAAUUCCUUAAGUACAUCCUGUCUGUGAAGCAAGGGGACUGCCCAGCACCUGAGAAGGCCAGUGGUUUUGCAGCUGCCUGUGUUGAAAGCUGUGAAGCUGAUAGUGAAUGUUCUGGAGUGAAGAAAUGCUGUUCCAAUGGAUGUGGUCAUACGUGCCAAGUUCCAAAAAAUCUGUACAAAGGUGUUCCACUGAAACCCCGAAAAGAAUUAAAAUUCAUAGAACUUCAGUCUGGAGACCUGGAGGUGAAGUGGUCUUCAAAAUUCAAUAUUUCCAUUGAGCCCGUGAUCUAUGUUGUUCAAAGGAGGUGGAAUCAAGGAAUCCAUCCAAGUGAAGAUGACGCUACUAACUGGCAAACUGUGGCACAGACUACAGACGAGCGGAUUCGGCUGCCGGACAUCCGAGCGAGCAGGUGGUACCAGUUCCGUGUGGCAGCUGUGAACGUGCAUGGGACGAGAGGCUUCACGGCACCCAGCAAGCACUUCCGAUCCUCGAAAGAUCCAUCUGCUCCACCAGCUCCAUCUAAUAUCAGAAUUGCCAAUAUCAGUGCAAACAAUGAUGGGAGUGUAAAUGUAAUGAUUUCUUGGGAUCUUCCAGAAGAGCCUGAUAUCCCAGUGCACCACUACAAAGUCUUCUGGAGCUGGACAUAUAGCAAAUAUGUAAUCCCAGCUAAAAAAAAGAGAAGGAAGAUUACCGAUGGGGCCCAAAAUUAUGUGGUCCUGGAGGGACUCCAGCCCAACAGCAACUACAAUGUAGAACUGCAGGCAGUAACACGUUGGGGUCAGAUACGCCUAAAAAGUGCUAAGGUUUCUCUUCAUUUUAGCACGACUCAGGACACCAGGAGUAAUA